AUGAUAGUACAUAUCAUUUUGAUAUUUUUAUUCUGUCAAAAUGUUUCUACUACGGAUAUAGAUUUUGAGGCAGUAAUGAUUACUAAUAUUAUUCGUACAAUGGAAAGGCCUUCGACCGUAAUUGCUACGCUUUGCUGGCCAGUCUAUAAAAAAGUUAAUUUGUAUUCAUUACUGGCAGGUAACAAUACCGAUCAGUUAAGUAUGUUGCAAUUUGUAGAAUAUUAUAAUAUUGCCAGAUAUAAUACGGUGCCUCAGUACACUACCUUUUUUGUGGACCUCAAUUGCCCUAAUAUUACAGAAUAUUUUCAACAGAACAUGAAUUUAAAUUUUGGAUCACCUUUUCGAUGGUUUCUAAUUGACGGAAAAAAUAAUAAAAAUGAAAUUGCUAACAUUAUGGGUUCAAUAGAUAUUUUGCCUGAUUCUGAAGUUACGAUUAUUCGUAAAAUAGACAAUGACACCUAUAAAUUAGACCUAAUUUACAAAAUAAACAAUGGAGGAAUAUGGCGGUCUGAGUCAUAUGGUAUUUGGAAUAAGGACAGCAACUUUAAGAUAGCAGACAAUAUGGUUGAAGCUCCUGCACUAAGAAGACUAAAUUUGGAUGGUUUUGAGAUAAGCAUCUGCUAUGUUCUUACUGACAAUGACAGUGUCAAUCACUUGACUGAUGAAGUGAAUGAUCAUAUAGAUACAAUAACUAAAGUAAAUUUCCCAACUACGAAUCAUUUACUGGAUUUUCUAAACGCCAGUAGAAAAUACAUCUACGUAAACACUUGGGGCUACCAUGUGAAUGGCACAUGGAAUGGUAUGACUGGUUAUUUAGUCAGAGAAGAGGUAGAAAUUGGAGGAUCGCCAAUGUUUCUUACAUCAGAACGGAUACCAGUGGUAGAGUACAUAUCCAGCCCAACUCCAACUAGAUCAAAGUUUGUUUUCCAGCAACCAAAACUUUCAUAUGAAAGCAACUUGUUCCUGCUCUCGUUUCGUAAUACCGUCUGGUAUAGCAGUAUAGCCUUACUCCUGUUAUUACUUUUAGCACUUUUCGCAGUUGCCAUAUGGGAAUGGAACCAAACCAAGCAUACCUCUAUAUCGGGAGAAAGAGAUUCAGGUAUAUUAAGGCCAAAUUUCGCAGAUAUUGUUAUUCUAAUUCUUGGAGUAACAUGCCAGCAAGGAAGUCCGGUAGAAUUAAAAGGCUCUCUUGGUCGUAUUGUAUUGCUGAUUCUAUUUCUGGCGGUUAUGUUUUUAUACACAUCGUACUCUGCAAAUAUUGUAGCGCUGCUGCAGUCUAGUUCCUCUAAAAUCAAUAGCCUAGAUGAUCUACUACAUUCUAGACUCAAGUUUGGUGUUCAUGACAACGUUUUCAACAGAUAUUAUUUCUCGACUGCGACUGAGCCAGUCAGAAAGGCAAUUUAUGAGAAAAAGGUCGCUCCCCCUGGUACUCCGCCUAGGUUUAUGACUAUGGAGGAAGGUGUUAAGAAUAUACGAAAGGGAUUAUUUGCGUUUCAUAUGGAAACUGGUGUCGGGUAUAAAUUCGUUGGAAAAUAUUUCCAAGAAAGUGAAAAAUGUGGUCUUAAAGAAAUACAGUAUCUUCAAGUAAUAGAUCCAUGGUUAGCCGUCAGAAAAAACACGCCAUAUAAAGAAAUGUUCAAGAUAGGAAUGAAACGCAUUCAAGAACACGGACUUCAAAGUAGAGAAAAUCGUUUACUCUAUGAGAGACGACCUAAAUGUUCGGGUAGUGAGACCAGUUUUGUUUCAGUUAGCAUGGUCGAUUGUUAUCCAGCACUAUUAAUACUAUCAUACGGCACUUUGAUGGCAGUAGGGUUGAUGAUGAUUGAGAAUGGUAUUUACUGUCGUCAAAAUAUCAUUAAAAAAAUACAGAAAACAUACAAAAGAAAAAAUAAUCGUAUUUAUAAUUCAGCAAAUUAA